CAACAUUUCUUUCUAACCUACGAGCCCACGCGGGAGCGAGUUGUCGAGUCAGACGUGGCGUUAAAAAAAAUAAACUAACAGGCGAAGGCGGGACCGCACCAACGCGGUGGUCACGUGGAACCAAGGCGGCUUUGAUUUGCGUUAGUCACCACGCAUGCGCACAGAUCACCGUACCGCAAGAUGGCGGCUUCCAGGGGCACCAUGUUACUGCGAAGGGCCGCGAGCAGCCUGCCUGGGCUGGCUCUGCUCCCGAGGCUCUUCUGGGCCCAGGCUGCUCCUACUGCCUCGCUCCUGCGGUUCCAGAGCCCGCUGCUCCGGGUGUUCAGCACGGACACGGACCCAGCCGCAUCAGCAGAGCCAGUUGCCUUUGACACCGAAUCACGCUUUAAGGAGAAACCCUGGGAAUAUCUAGAGACGGAAGAGUACAUCGAGAGAUACGGCAACAAGCCCGUCUGGUUCGGCUAUCGGCGUAACCACAAGGGAUCCAUCCCCCCUCAGAAGACCCGCAAGACCUGUAUUAGAGGAAAGAAGAUUGUGGGGAACCCCUGCCCCAUCUGCCGAGACCAGAAGCUCCACGUGGACUACAGGAACGUGAAGCUCCUGGAGCAGUUCAUCUGCUCCCACACGGGUGUCACCUUCCAUCCCACACACACAGGUGUCUGCAUGAAGCAGCAUAAACGCUUGACCCAGGCGAUUGACCAAGCUCGUGACCAUGGGCUCGUGAGCUUCCACAUCCCCUUGGUGACGCUGCAGGGCAAGGACUACACCAACCAGCACCAGGCUGUGACCAAGACGCCCCCCGCCCCCUCCCUGCAGAGCCAGGCACCUUGGUACCCCUGGUACGAGUGGCAGCAGCCGCCUGAAAAGGACAUUGCCAGGAUCCGCAGGAUAUACAAGGACUAUCUGAAGGAAGAGACCGGCCCGGCAUGAGGGCCCAGGGCAGGACUGGAUGGAGUGUCCUGGGGCAUGGGGGAUGGGCAGCUCCUGGCGGAGCUCAGGCCUUCGGCCUCACCUGAUGAGCUGGCCCUAGUCCCAACCCCUGCAGGGAUAGCGCUGAAGCUGCCCAGCUCCCGGCCAUGACUUGUCCAAACCUUCCGUGGGGAAUAAACUGGAAGAUGCUG